GUGAAUUUAGUAAUUUUUUUGGAAAACGAAACGACGAAAACUAUACUCGAAAUCCUUAACAUAACUUUAUAGCAGUAAAUCCACAAAAAAGCCACUGUUCAAAUAAUUUUGAUUGGGAAUUGGGAGCUAAAGACAAUAACUAGGUAUUCUAUAAUGCAAUCAACUGAUGAUAUACAGGCAAAGACUUCAAGAAAAAAACCCAAACCGAACAAUAAAACAAAAACUUUAUCAAAACAACGGCCGGGCGAGGAUUUUAAAAGUAGAGCUUGUAGUUUGAAUAGAAAAUUUAAUUGCAGUGAACGAAGCACCAGCAAAUUAGAGGAAGUGUCAGAUACUAUUGCAAUCAACACAAAAAUACUCCAAAACAACGUAGGCAAACCAACAAAUAAGGCUAACGAAAAUUCUCUUUCUGAUAUUAAUCCAUCAUUAGUGAAAAAUUCAAUUUUGGAUUCCCAGAAAGAAAUGAAUAACAAAUCUAAUUUGAACCAAACUAUGUCACGUGAAGAAAUUUUAGCCGCUAGACAAAAUAAAAAGAAUGCAAAGAAAAAUAAGACUAUAAACACAAAAAUUGACAAUUCUACUAAAGCAUCUGAUGACCAGAAUAAAUUUUCAAAAGAAUCUGAAAAAGAAACAGUUUCUCUAUGUGAAAAGCCUACUUCACAACAAAUGUCUUCAGUACAAGAUGUCGAAGAAAGUAUUAAAGACCUUACAGUUAAUAACAAACUGACAGAAAAGAUUGAAAAUUCUAAAACGGAAAAAAACAUGACAGAAAAAAAUAAUUCUGAAAUUAACAAAAGUAGAGAGGAAGUUAUGGCUGAGAGGCAAGCUAAAAAAUUGGCAAAGCAAGCGAAGAAGAACAAUAAAUUGGAAGCUACGCCUGCGGAAAAUACAACGAAUGCAACAAAUUACACAACUGACAAUAAAUCCACAUCUGGCUUUUUAAUUGAUCCAGACAAAAGCAAGAUUCAAAACUCGAAAAACGAAAUGAACGAUAAAAAAUCUGAACAGGCCACAUUAGUUGAGAAUAAUACAAAUGGUGAAACGAGCUCAUGUGCUGUUAUGUCCGCCGAAAGUAGACGUGUAAUUGUAACUGAAAAGAAACCAUUGUCAAAAGCUGAGAGGAGAGCCUUACAAGAAUCGCAACGAGCUGCUAAGGCUAAAAUCCUAGAAGAAAAACAAAAAUUACAAAAGAAAGAUCUUGAAACGGUUAAAAAGAGUGAAGUACAUUUGAAGGUACAGAAAACAGCUUCAAAUUCCCAACAAUCUCAUCAUAAACUUUCUUCUGGUCAAAGGUCUUUUACUAGUGAAUAUAAAGUUAAAUUAUUCAAACAUUUAGAUAGAGAAGAUUUGCAGGAGAAGAACCAAUUUAUUAAUCAUCCUCACAUUCAUCCUUCUAUUGUACAACUAGGUGAACAAAUUUCAUCUAGAACAGUUGUGGGAUCAAAUGCCAGGUGUAUAUCUUUUUUAAGAGCGUUGAAAGUUCUUAUUCAAGAUUAUCAAACGCCUCCAAAAAAAGAAUUUACCCGCGGGUUAGAAGAGAGUAUUAAUAAUUGUGUUCAGUACUUAGAUAAAUGUCGUCCAAUAGCUGUCUCAGUUAGUAACGCACAUAAAGCUAUACAGUCGGUGCUAAGACAUCUUUCAAAUGAUUCUCCGGAAUCAGAAUUAAAGGAACAUUUAUGUGAGCAUAUUGAUACUUACAUACGAGAUCAAAUAGAAAAGGCAGCUCAAGCUAUUAGUGGUUUUGUUCAAGAAAAAAUUUCGGAGGGGGAUGUAAUUUUAACCUAUAAUUGCUCGUCUUUAAUUUACCAAAUUUUGGAAGAUGCUUACAAUCGGAAAAUAGAUUUCAAGGUUAUAGUUGUUGAUUCACGACCAUUCCUAGAAGGGCGAGAAUUAUACAGAAAGUUAGCUUUAAAAGAAAUUCCGUGUACUUAUGUGCUGAUAAACGCUAUAGGUUUUAUAAUGCCGGAAGUAACAAAAAUAUUAAUGGGAGCUCAUGCACUGCUAGCCAAUGGGAAUGUAAUGGCACGCACGGGAACAGCUCAAAUUGCCUUAGUAGCGAAAUCAUUUAAUGUACCUGUUUUAGUCUGUUGUGAAACGCACAAAUUUAGCGAUCGUGUUCAAACUGAUGCUAUUGUAUACAAUGAAUUAGGAAACCCGGAUGAUUUAAUUAUGAAUGACACAUGUAAACUUUCUAACUGGCGAAAGGGAGCUAACAAAAUUUUGCCAUUGAAUUUAAACUAUGAUAUUACGCCACCAGAAUUAGUUACUGCUGUUGUAACCGAAGUGGCAAUUUUGCCUUGUACUAGCGUUCCUGUUAUAUUAAGGCUAAGACCAACUGAUCUUUAUUAAAAUCUUUAAAUUAUUUGUAUAUAAAAAUUGCUUCUUUAUAGGUAAUCCAAUGUAGUAAUUGUAAAAAAUUUACAAAUAAAUAUAAAGAUUUUUUGUUUGGUGC